UAGGAGGACGUUUUUCUAUGAUACUUGGGAGGGCGGGGGGCUGGUCGUUUAGGAGCAGUGACGUCAUGGCUGCCCAGAAGAUGGCGGAUAAGAAGGGGAACCAUGGAGGACCAGAAGAAGAGGCAGAAAAUGAAGUGAAAACUAAGACUGUUUCUUCCAGCAAUGGAGGGGAAAGCUCGAGCCGAAGUGCAGAAAAAAGGUCCGCAGAUACAUCUUCUGAGGAGUCCAGCACGCAACCCUGCCCACCUAAAGUCUCCAAGGUUGGAUUUGCCGUAGGAGGUCAGAUUGGAAAAAAGUCGCCAUACAUAUCGAUUAAGCUUGGUGUUCCUAAGCCCAAGGAAGUAACUCCUGCCGCUGUUCCAAAAAAGAUCUCUGUAGCAGCAGUAUUUAAUGAAGAUGAUAGUGAGCCUGAAGAGAUGCCACCAGAGGCAAAGAUGCGGAUGAAAAAUAUUGGAAGGGAAACACCGACAUCAGCAGGGCCAAAUUCAUUCAACAAAGGAAAGCAUGGAUUUACAGAUACCCAGAAACUUUGGGAACGAAAUAUAAAAUCGCGAUUAGAUCAUGUUAAAGAUGAGUGAAAUGUUUGUAUAUUUGUGUAAAAGCCUUAGAAUAUUGUGUUUUCGCGUUCAGAAUCUUCCCUUUUUUUUUUUUUUUUUUUUUUUUUUUUUUAAAUACUGGAGUAUAUUAGUAAACAUAUCCAUGGAUAUUUAAUUUUAUAUCCAGUUUUCAGAUGUUUUGUCUAUAGUUUUUUCAUUUGUCAAUGGGAAUAAAUACGCUUGUUGUUUUUGUCCUGAGAAGUGUGUAUAUAUGUUUUGUAUCUUGCCCUUAGCGGGACAUACUCUUCCUGUUUUGUACAUCAUCGGGAAUUGUUAUCAAUAUGAAAAUGUUUCAAAAUUAAACAUAUUAAAUCAUGGUAUGAAUACGAAA